AUGAUCAUGUUGAAGAGCUCCGAUGGUAUCACGUUUGAGAUCGAAGAAGCUGCCGCAAAGCGAAGCCAGUACCUAGCUCAUAUGAUUGAAGACGAUUGCAACAACAAUAUCCCGGUUCUAAACGUGAAAGGCAAGAUUCUUGCUGCGAAUCACCUAUGCAUCGAUAGCCUUAUUGACCUAGCGUGCCAAGCUGUUGCGGAUAUGAUCAAAGACAAAACUCCAUACCAGAUUCGUAAAGACUUCAACAUUAAGGGGGAUUACACAUCGGCAGAAGAAAAUGAUAUCAUUGAGAAGAAUAAAUGGGCUUUUCAAUGA